AUGGCACAAUCUUCGGGGGCCGUCAUUACCGACCCUACGGUCAGACACGCUGUAGAGCGACUGCUCGCAGACCAAACCCCAUACGCGCUCGAGGUUUCCUUGUCGAAAACACCAAUUCCGAACUUCAAAGCCAUCCACGAGGAAUUUCGGUCGUGCUUCCUGUCAUCCUCCCAUUUCCUCGAUAGCCCCGGUCAUCUUGUUCUCAAUUCGUUAUGCCGUUCGCUCCCGGUCGCCUGUCCGACUCACUUCCGCAACUCGGAAAUCUCGGAGCAAGAUCUUCAAAAAGCUGUCUUGUCUUCCCCAGCGGUGCUCAUGGAGGUUGUGAAGGUCUCUGGACUUAAAUCUGGACACGGCCGAUUUGGUAGGAGUAUCCGCGCGCGACCAUUUUUGGAUUGGAAUCUCAAAGUCCCUGUGGAUGAUAUGGCUCUACGCGCUGCUGAACGUUUGGUACUGGACGAACAGUGGCGAGUUCUACAGGGACUGCUAUGGAUCUUACGCCAGCCGGAUUCCUCUGCUCAGCUUGUAAAGCUCAACUCCGAGGCGCAGAAACUACAGGAACAAGGCGAUUUGACAUCCCGCCCUGGGUUUACGACCGUUGAAGGCGAAGCCAUCUCGUCCGGUCCCAACUCGCCGUCGAACGAUCAAGAUCAAUGGCGCCGCAACGACGCCACGCUCCUAUCCACUUUCAGCGCACCCAUUUCGGCUCUACCCUUCGGUGCCCCUGCGGAGUUUGGAAACUGGGUCGUCAAACUCACUGCUAACGCCGUCAGUGAUCUUCGUCGACUGAGACAGCGGGAGAAAAACUUGUUUGAAAAGGUCAUCGCGAAACUUCGCGACCUUUCACACGGCCACUUCUCUUCGAAAAAUCACGCACCAGUUUCGGAUGUCGACAGCGGGGUGCCCAUCUACAAAGCCCGGGUCGAUGGGAGCCACAGGCUCGUGUAUCACAUCGAUUGCCCGGAGAGUCGUGAGGAGACUAUUUCAACCCAAAAUAUCCGUAUAUUCGGCGUAUACAACACGGUCUUUCACACGCUCCUAGCGGACUACGAUCUGCCGUUCAUAGCAGAACCAUCUCCUCCAGAACAAGCUGUGAUUGAGCAUUCGGGCUCCUGUUAUGUGAUUGGACGAUCGGGUACUGGGAAAACCUUGUGCAUCAUGUACAAGAUCAUCUCGAUCGACAGAUCCUGGGAGUCCUUGCGCGGAUUCAUGCCGCGUCCUCGACAGCUAUUUGUGACUCGGUCCAGGAGUCUAGCCGAGUAUGUCUGGUCGACUGUGGACAAGCUUGCCAGCGCCUUCCGCCUCGGCGAUCUUUCUCGGCAUCAGGCGGUGGCCUUGGCGCGAGAACGCCCUGCCCUUGAGGGGGAGGAGGACACCGAGAACACAACCUCCACCAGACCCGCUCCUCCGCGGCGCUGGAGCCAGUUAACGAAUGACGCGCACUUCCCGUUGAUUAUUACCCUCGACGAAUGCUGGUCGAUGUUGGAGAGGGACGUUUCAAUCACUGACGACACUGGUGCGGCAAACGCGGCCCCUGGAGACGAAGACGAGGGCACAUGCACAGACGACACCGCCCUCGUCUCCGGGAAGAGAUUUGCCGAAGCAUACUGGAAAAGGUUACCUCCAACCCUCACGAAAGGCUUUGAUCCACUAUCGGUGUUCAGUGAGAUCGUCGGCGUGAUCGAGGGCUCGGAAAACACGGUACUCGCACCUCAGGCUUAUCUCGAUCGAGAAGCCUAUAGCCAAGUGAGCGCAAAGCGGUAUCCUACCUUCGCGUCACAUCGUGAGAGAAUAUACGACAUCUUCGAGAAGUACCGCACCCUCAAAGCGGGAAGCGCACAAAUCGACGAAGCAGAUAGGACACAUGCGCUCCUCCGUUCAGUUCGAAAACGUCUCCCAGGUGCUCAUGUAGACUUCUUGUACGUCGAUGAAGCACAGGACAACCGCACAAUCGACCUGCUGCUUCUUCGAGGCUUGUGCAGAAAUCCCAAUGGUCUGUUCUGGGCCGGAGAUACUGCACAGACAAUCGUCGUUGGUAGUACAUUCAAGUUUACUGAAUUGACGUCGAUGCUGCACACAUACGAGGGGUCCAUCGAAGACAGGACGCAACAUCAGCCGGAGAUGUUCCAUCUCGCAGUGAAUUAUAGAUCGAAAUCAGGCAUCACUGACUGUUCGCGGGAGGUUGUGACCUUGAUCUCGAAAUUCUGGCCCGGAUCCGUCGACUACAUGAGGCCCGAGGUCGCGGACAAAGAAGGCGCCAGUCCGCUCUGCAUACAGCUCUCCACAUUUGAUCGCGAAUUCUCUGACAUAGAGCCUCUCAAGCUGGGAGCGGAUCAAUGUGUCAUCGUUCGAGACGAAGAUCAACGGAGCAUUCUCAAAAUGAGAGGGAUAGUCAGUGGUCUAGUCAUAACCGUGUAUGACAGCAAAGGACUCGAGUUCGACGACUUGAAGUGCUUCUAUGUCGCCCUCACGAGAGCACGCAACCGUGUGUGGAUAGUGGACACCCCUGUCAGCUCGAAUCCGCUUCUGAUGGUGUUGGAAGCGAAGGAUUGCGUCGAUAUUCAUUGCCACUCUGAGGACUCGCCUCUCCCCUUCAUCUCCGAAUCAGGCUUCAACCCUCAAGACUGGGCAAAGCGCGGGCACACGAUGAUGGAGCGCCAACUAUACGAGCAUGCGCACUUGUGCUUUGAGCGCGCCUCGCUUCCGCAGGAAAGCAGCCUCGCGUACGCGUACAUGCUGCGUGAGCGCGCGUUCUCUCACUCCGACUGGCGGGCCACCGGCGACGCCUUCAGAUCGUACACCAAGAAGUAUUGCAGGCACGCCGGUGACACAAACUUGGCGGUAUUCCUCAACACUGCGGCGGUGUGUUACGCGCGGGCCAACGCACCCAACGACAGCGCCGAGGCCUACCUCGCGACUCACGAUGUCGGCAAGGCCUGUCAGGUUUACUGCAAUGCCGGGAUGAUGGAGGAAGCGCGCUCUCUGAUCCUCGCACAUCGUAGGCGCAUCCCGCACGACAUUUUCACUCGGGUGUGUCUCUUCUUCUUCCGAGAUCGGUCCAACGCAUUCAGGAAAGCCGUGGAGAUGUUCCCAAUGCCUGCCGACGCCGUCAAGUUCAUAGAACAAGAGCCUUCUCUACGGCCUACCCUAGCGGACUACUAUGAGGAUACAGGAGAGCACUCUCACGCCGCGCGCAUUCACGAAGAGCUCGGACACACCCUGCGGGCCAUCGAUCUGUACGACAGUGAUCCUGAAGAUGAGCAAUCCAUAAACGCAGGAACACGCCUUCUGAAGCAUGCUUUGGCGACGUCAGUCACAAUUGGGCUCGAGUCCGACCUUGUUAAACGAGAAGGUCCAUUAUCGGUAUAUUACGAUCGCGCGGAGGCCAGGAUCUCGAAGGACUUCCCUGCAUCCGUUGCACAAGAAGAUAGGGAGCUGCUCAAAACCUUCCUAGCUAUAUCUCACGGACGACACACUGAACUUUUCAAGCUCGGGACUUUCUUCUACCGCUCUGAUCGUCCUGAUGCGGCGCUUCUCGCGCUGGACUACGCCUGGACUUACCUUCGAAGACUGAACGACCUCAAUCUCGCUGACGUCGUUGACGAAGAAUCUUUCGCAACCAGCUUUCCCAUCCUGCUCGCGCUUCUGCUCAAGCACGAAGACUCUCGUGUCCGGAAGAUGCCUUACGGAAUCACGCAGGACCAGUCCAGAGCGAAAGACUCACACACACUCCCCAAGGGUACCUACCUCUGGCGCCUGGCGGAAAUAUCAAAGGAAUAUCGCGGAGGAGAAUCGGGUGCUAGAGUGCUCACAGGCGACUCUCUUUCUCGACUCUUCGACCUCGCGGUAAAGACACGCUUGAAAUCGGAGCCUAUCUCAGAGAUAAUCGGAGCUAUCAAGACCAAACACGACCGGCUCCUGUCUCCUUGCGUCCGGUUCUCGCUGUCGGGACUGUGCGAUGUCCAUGACAUGAAAAAGUGCAAUGGGAAGCAUGAAGACGGUGAACAUCCUCUGAACCAGCGCGGUCUGCACCACAGAAUAGAGCUCUGUCUAUGGAUCAUCAAGGUUUAUGGCCUCGCUAUUCAAUUGGGAGACGUAGUGGCAUGGAAAGAACGAGUAUACUGGAUGCGCUCGCUAUGGGAGUGUUUUCAAACACCUUUCUUUGAUCUAGGAGACCUCUCGAUGUUCGAUAUCCAUCUCACUCCGUCUUGGCCCGAGGCGCUGAAGACGCUGCGACAAUGGCUGGCGCGUAUCCUUUACAUUCCCGUCAAGCCAGGAGACGACAGCCUGAACGCUGAAGCUCGGUUUGAUUUCAUCCCAACUGCCUCCCAUCUCAGCUAUAUCGUCGACGCGAUCCAGCAGCACGAUACUCCGCCUGCUCAUACAACUAGUGGCAGGAACGAAUACUGCGACACCGGGUUCCUCAUGUUCGUCAACGGAUUUGAUCGCUUCAUACGACGCGAGAACGCGACAGUCCACUGGAAACACGUUCCAGGGGCAUUCCUUUAUCUGAAAUUCAUGGGAGAGGGAACGACUCGAAUAGAAUCCGCCUUCCAGACAAACCUCAUCGGACAUCUAACCGAAGGCCUCGCUUCCGCGAUCGUCAUCACUGGUCGUUACACAAGGCGGAACUCGGAGCUCCACAAUCUGGAACUUCGAAGGAGCUGGAUAGUGAAUCUCAUGGAACUGUGGUAUCCAACCACGGUCAACCGUUCUCCGCACGAUUUCCCCACAAAACGGGACCUCAUCAAUCUCAUCCCGAGGAUUCUGGAAAGGGUACGGAACGCGUCUCCUACGGAUGUGAAGUCGAGUGUCAAGCACCUAGGAACUGCACUUUAUUUUCUGUUGCGUACGGUAUCAAAGGGUUACGCCGUACAAAAGGAGGACAUCGUACACAUGCUACGGGGCGAAGACUGUGAUUCGUUUGAGCGCGAUGACUUCUGGUUCAAUGUGACGGAUUUCGUUUCCGCGCAAGGGCGAAUUAGAGGGACAAAUCCCGAUCCAGCCAAGGCCCAGUCUUGGGACCAGAUCGUCCAGAUCAAGGACUCGCGGUACAUCAACGACGACCCGGCUUUCACUCACAGAAACAUCUGCGAGAUCACAUACUCCGCUGUUGACAACCUUCCUGGACUUCUCGAGAUCCCAAGGCCGCUCCGGCGCUCUCGCCAAGUCUCCACGUUCCCUCAAGCAUGGCUGAAUGCGAGGGUUGCGUCUCGCCACGAUACAGUCGGCCCUGCGCCUACCCCCUACCACCUUCGGCCGGCGACUUCCGCAGAGAGUGUCCCAGAUGCGUCAGCGUCCGAACUGCCAUCCGUUCCUGCAGAAGAAAGCGUCCCGGUGACGUCACCAGUACUCCCCGGAGCUGUUCCAAACGCAUCCACUACCGACGCCACGGGCGAGGAAAAUGCGCCUGCAUCAGAUGUCGUUCAAGAAGAAGCAGUUGUCGAUGUUUCCCCCGACGUAUCAGAGGUCGCACCCGUCUCUCCGGCCAUCCGGGCAGUCGACGCGGACGCCACCAUCGCGGAGGAGGCUGAGCCGGAUGCGGCGACCGCCGAGGCGAAGCCUAACGAGGCCGAACUGGAACCGAUCGACUCGAAGACGGCGCCAAAACCACUGCCGUGGCAGGAGGUCUUCGACCAGUUCGCGGAGCACGCGCGCACCAUGACAUCCCCGGAGAACGAACACUAUCGUCGCAUGUGCCUCGGCCCUGCGCCUCAUCUGUCCAUCGCUGCACAGAUAAUGAAGGCUAAGCUCCUCAAGAUACGCAACGCUCUAAAGAAGAAAAUGAAAGAAGCCCAGGGCGAAGAGCUCGGUGCCAUGAACUCGAUGCUGACGAAUAUGAAUGUACUCCACAAGCAAGCCGACGAACUAAUCAACAAGGUUUCCCUGGCGGCUGACGUACAUCGGAAUCACGACGCGGAGAAGCUCAAGGUAUAUGUGCUCGAGGCCGAAGCUAUGCGAGUCGAGAUGCAGCAUGCUUUAUCCAAGACGGAGACGAAGACGUGGACGGCAUCCGACAGUCACAUGAAACUUGCGAUCGAAGGAAUUGUGAUAGGGGUGAGCAGCGCUACGCAGCAAUUUACGCAGUAG